AUGGAAUAUUCUCCGACUACAGAGACUGCGCAUGCCGCAAGGCCUGUCCAUUCCCCCAAAUCCAAGCCCAAGCAUGUCUGCUUCGAAUUGAUCUCUGCCGAGUCCCCCCAAUACCGGGCGCGCCUCCCCAUGCGGGUUGGCAUCUAUCCCCAUGACACCACAGAGUCCAUUGUGACUACUGUCAAGAAUUUCUACGGGCUUUACUCAAGUCCGACCAGCUCAAAGGGUGUGAGCUUCGAGGACCAGUCGGGCAACACUCUGAUUGCCCGCUACGAGAACUUCCAGGACCAAAUGAUUGUCUAUGUCAGGGUCACUGAGGAGCCCACGCCCGUCGCUGGCGGCUUUGGCGCCCGUGCAUACCACUCACCGCCCGUCGGCGCGCAGGCAUACGUCAACGAAGACCCGUACCCGAUGCAGGCGCCACAGCAGUUUGGCCAGAUGAUCUCCAGGCCUGGCUCGAGAACUUCGAGAAGGCGCAGUCCCUCUCCCAACGGCGGCCGGGGCAGACGGAGCGCCUCCACGAGCACAAAUUCGAAGAGGUCGCGGUCCGUCAAGAACCCAGACGCUUGCAGCGACAGCGUGAACGGGUACAGCAGCGGCGAUGGUGCGCCUGGCUCGGCCUCUGGGAAGAGCAAGGAGCAGAUUGGGAACACCGAGAUUAGCGUCGAAAACAUCGUUGAAGGCGGGCGCCGCAAGCGGGCCAAGUUUGAGAGCUCGCAGGCUGUUAACAAUGCCGGGCUUCCCCGCCGAAAGGAGCUGCCGUUGUUUGCUCCUCCGCAGAUGCCUGCAGCCACCUCUAACCCAUCCGUGUCUCCUGCUCGCCGCAUUGAGCACCACCACCGAGCUUCCCUCCCUUUCGUCCAUCCAGGCGCCAAUCCUUUCACCAACCCCCGACCCAUCGUGUCACCACAAUCCUACAACCAUGCGCCUGGUCUGGGCGGUUAUGUUACCCCCAUGGCCGAUGGCCGUCGGACUCGAGGAAGCAUUCAAUACCCUAGCGGGCCCAAUGGCACGGGUACGGGCGUCCUUCCCACACCCGACCCGACUGUUGGCAGUUGCAUGUCGGAGGAAGACAAGGAUGUCGCUAUGCAGCUCAUGAGAUUAGGUGACAUCUCCAACAUAUCUCAUGGCAGAAACUCGGCCUCUACUCAGGAUGACACGUUUAGCGGCAAGGCCGAUGCGGCCUCGUCGACCGGCGCUACCAGCGAAGAGGACAGCGAGAGCGACGACGAGCUCCCUCCCGCUCGCAGGCAAAAGCUCGACUCAAAUGGGCUCAGCCAGGGCAUCUAUCAGACAACCGAGAGUCACUUCAUUCCUUCCAGCGGCACAGUCGAGGCCAGUGGCGACGAUGCCGAUUAUGAAGAUGGCUCCAUGCACCACAAGAAAGCCAGGAGUAGCUUGCCUAAUGGUGCUAAGCCACGCACCCAGGCGGCGGGCGCCAAGCCGAAGCCCAAGUCGAGCAAGCCCAAACAGACGGCGGUCGCAGCCAAGGUCAAAAAGGUCGGGCCAGCGCCGAGCGGUCCCAUGUCGCCGGCCUCGCUGCCUGCCUCGCGCAAACCAUCCAUCGUCUCCAGCACCGGCAUGCCCGGGACCAUCGGCGAAGACGACCAGCCCGACCUCUCCACCAAGCCGCGCUGCCAGCGCUGCCGCAAGAGCAAGAAGGGGUGUGAUCGCCAACGACCCUGCGGUCGUUGCAAGGAUGCCGGCAUUCCUGCCGAGCUUUGCAUCAGUGAGGACGAGGGCAACGGCCGAAAGGGAAGAUACGGUCGCCAUAUGGGGGUCCCCAUCAAGAAGGAGGACGCUCCCGCUCAGCCCGCCCUACUCCCUGCCGCCCCCAUCGCGGCGGCCGCCCCUGCGGUGCCCAGCUUCCCGACAAUGGGUGGCGACAAGAGCAAGAAGCGCAAAAGGUAG